UAUUUAAUGUUAUGCCUGUUUUACAAAUACAUGGUAUCUUCUUUCCUUUGUACCUUCUCCCAGAACACAGGUCCCUGAGGCUGGUGGGUGAUGAGGGUGGCUGUGCAGGGAGGCUGGAGGUGUUCCACCAGGGCUCCUGGGGGACAGUGUGUGAUGACUCCUGGGACCUGAAUGAUGCUCAGGUGGUGUGCAGGCAGCUCCAGUGUGGGACGGCUCUCAACUCCACCUCUUUUGGUGCAGGAAAUGGAUCCACCUGGCUAGAUGAGGUGGGCUGUGUGGGAAAUGAGUUGUCCCUGUGGGACUGUCCCUCUUCACAGUGGGGACAACAUGACUGUGGACAUGAGAAGGAUGUAGGCGUUGUGUGCUCAGAAUUCAAAGAUCUGAGACUGGCUGAAGGUUGCUCUGGGCAGGUGGAGGUUUAUUACAAUGACACCUGGGGAAACGUGUGUUUCAAUCAGAUGGACGCAAACACUGUGAGUUUAAUAUGUCAGCAACUCAACUGUGGGAAGAGUGGAACUGUUUCAAGUGCAGGAUCUCGACUGAAAGGAGCUCCAAACUGGCUGGAUUCUGUCAAAUGUCGCCCACAUGACUCCACACUGCGGCAGUGUCCAUCCUCUCCCUGGGGACACAACACAUGUGGCGAUAAUGACAUCGCCAGUAUUACCUGUGAAAGCAGUGAUGUGAGGCUGGUGAACGGGAACAGUCGCUGUGCUGGGAGAGUGGAGAUUCUUCAUCAAGGACAGUGGGGAACUGCGUGUAGCCAAUACUGGGAUAUGACUGAUGCUGCAGUGGUGUGUAGACAGCUGGGCUGUGGAGAUGCUGUAGACGCACCUCUCAAUGCUCACUUUGGUCCAGGAACUGGGAACAUUUGGAAAGACGACACUCUCUGUGGAGGCACCGAACCAACACUGAAGGACUGUGCGUCACGUAGAUGGGGAGAACAUAACUGUGGUCAUAAUGAGGAUGCUGGGGCCAUCUGCUCAGGUCAUCAAGAUGUGCGACUGGUACAGGGUACACACCUGUGUUCAGGGAGAGUGGAGAUCCGGCAUGGAAUUACCUGGUACACAGUGUGUGAUGCUGACUUUGACCUGCAGGAUGCCCAAGUUGUGUGUCGGCAGCUGGGCUGCGGGAUCCCUGCGAAGGUGCUGGGAGGGUCUGCCUUUGGGAAGGGGGGACACCAAAUGUGGACAGAGGAGAUUCAGUGUACAGGGAACGAGUCAAAUGUUUACUCCUGUCCGAAAUCAUCCACAAAGAAGCAGAACUGCUCACGUGAUGACAACGUGGGACUCGUGUGUUUUGGGCAUACAAACGGCAGACUGGUGGACGGCCCAGACUCCUGCUCUGGAAGGGUGGAGUUACAGUACCUCACUGAGUGGGGCACAGUGUGUGAUGCAUCCUGGGAUCUGAGAGCAGCCAAUGUCCUCUGUCAGCAGCUGGGCUGUGGGAGCGCUGUGGCAGUUCCAGGACAGGCCUGGUUUGGAGAGGGCAAGGGUUCCGUCUGGGCUGAUGUGUUUGAGUGUCAGGGGGAGGAGACACACCUGUCCCAGUGUGCUGUUUCUUCAUGGAACCGAGUUGCAUGCUCUCAUGGACACGAUGCAGGAAUCAUCUGUAAUGGAUCAUCUCUCUCCAGCCUCAAUGGGACGGUCCGACUGUCUGGAGAGAGUGGCUGUGGGGGUCAAUUGGAGGUUCACUACCAGCACACCUUAAGCAGAGUUCUCCUGGACUCCUGGAGCUUCAAGGAGGCUUCUGUGGUCUGCAGACAGCUGGGCUGUGGUUCUGCACUGAGGAUCUACAGCUCCUCCCUGUCUGGGACAGGGGACACUGAUGUGUGUCUCACAGGGUAUCAAUGCUCUGGGACUGAGUUUCACCUGGUCAACUGUAGUGCUCCACACACAUUCAACUGCAGUUCCAGCCCAUAUGUGUCCAUAGCGUGUUCCAGUGAGUACAACAGGUCCCUGAGGCUGGUGGGUGAUGAGGGUGGCUGUGCAGGGAGGCUGGAGGUGUUCCACCAGGGCUCCUGGGGGACAGUGUGUGAUGACUCCUGGGACCUGAAUGAUGCUCAGGUGGUGUGCAGGCACCUCCAGUGUGGGACGGCUCUCCGCUCUACCUCUUUUGGUCCAGGAAAUGGAUCUAUAUGGCUGGAUGAGGUUGGCUGUGUGGGGAACGAAUCAUCUCUGUGGGACUGUCCUUCUGCCCAGUGGGGAAACCAUGACUGCGUUCACAAGGAGGAUGUAGGAGUUGUGUGUUCAGAGUACAAAGAUCUGAGACUGGCUGAAGGUUGCUCUGGGCAGGUGGAGGUUUACUACAAUGGCACCUGGGGAAACGUGUGUUUCAAUCAAAUGGAGACCAAUACAGCAAGUGUAAUAUGUCAGCAACUCGACUGUGGGAAGAGCGGGACUGUUUCUAAUACAGAAUCUCGACUGAAAGGAGCUCCAAACUGGCUGGAUAUUGUCAAAUGUCGCCCACAUGACUCCACACUGUGGCAGUGUCCAUCCUCUCCCUGGGGACAGAAUAAAUGUGAUGAUGGUGAAGUGGCCCUCAUUACCUGUGAACAAAAAAAUGUGGCUUUGAAGGGAACGGCAACUCAGUCGUCCCAAUAUGACUCGUAUGGUGCUGCUGGAAAUGCUAUUGAUGGAAACAGAAAUACAAAGUACACAGAUGGGUCCUGCACUCACACCAAGCAGGACUCCAAACCAUGGUGGAGACUGGACCUGCAGGAUGUUUUCACUGUGACCUCAGUGACCAUCACCAACAGAGGGGACUGCUGCUCAGAGAGAAUCGAUAGGGCAGAGAUUCGUGUUGGAAACUCCCUGGAUGACAAUGGCAACCAGAAUCCCCUAUGUGCAGUGGUUCCCUCCAUCGCAGCAGGACAGUCCAGUUCGUUCCAGUGUAAUUGGACAAUGGGACGCUAUGUCAACGUGGUCCUUCCAGAACCUGACUUCCUGACCCUAUGUGAAGUUGAAGUUAAUGGACAUGCUAGCAGUGGCUACCUGCCCCUGAGACUGCAGGGGGGCAACACGAUGUGCUCAGGGAGGGUGGAGCUGUGGUAUGAGGGCUCCUGGGGGACCAUCUGUGACAACUUAUGGGACAUAAAUGAUGCCCAGGUGGUCUGCAGACAGCUGGGCUGUGGGGCAGCACUGAAGGACCACAGGACCUCCUGCUCUCACAAAGAGGAUGCUGGUGUUACCUGUGAAGCAUGGUGGCCCAGUUGGUAG